GAAACAGAGCAAGAAACAGAGUUCAAAGGGAAAGUAAGCUACGUCACUGUUAAAGAAGUUGGAGAAAUGGGGGUAAUAUAUGAAGAUGCGGUUUUGAUUAAGGAAGCGGAGAGCGCAGUUGAUCACACAGUAAUCACUGUGAAUUGUCCAGACAAGACUGGUCUUGGCUGUGAUCUUUGUAGGGUAAUCUUGCUCUUUGGCCUUAGCAUUGCCAAAGGAGAUGUUCAAACAGAUGGUAAAUGGUGUUACUUAGUUUUCUGGGUUGUUGGGAAGCCAAUGACCAGGUGGAGUUUGUUGAAGACGAGGCUUCAAGAGGUGUGUCCAACAUGUACACCUGCAGCAUCAGGAAUUUACUAUUACAGACCAGAGUUUCAACAGCCCAGGCCUCCAGAUAUAUUCCUUCUCAAGUUUUGGUGUUCCUAUGACCGGAAAGGACUCUUGCAUGAUGUAACUCAGGUCCUUUGUGAAUUAGAACUCACAAUCAAAAGAGUGAAGGUAUCCACUGCGCCAGAUGGAGGAGUCAUGGAUCUCUUCUUUGUAACGGACACCAGGGAACUUCUCCACACUAAAAAGAGACAGGAAGAAGCAAUUGAUCAUUUGAAAGCUGUCUUGGGGGAUGCCAUGCUGAAUUGUGAAAUUCAACUAGCCAUUCCUGAGGUUACUGCAUAUUCACAAUCAUUUCUUCCAUCUUCAGUCACUGAAGAUAUGUUCAGACUGGAAAUGCUAGGAGUUCUUGCCUCCAGUUCUGUUUCUAUUGAGGUGGACAACAGCCUCAGGCCCUCCCACACACUUGUUAAAGUCUUAUGUCAAGAUCACAAAGGCCUCAUUUAUGAUAUAAUGAGGACCUUAAAAGAUUAUAAUAUCCAGAUCGCUUAUGGAAGAUUCUUUGUAAAGAACUGUGAGGUGGAAUUAUUUAUAACGCAAGCGGAUGGGAAGCAGAUAAUUGAUCCCAACAAACAGAAUGCUCUGUGCUCCCGACUGCGAAUGGAACUUGUUCACCCGCUUAGGGUGGAUGUCAUAAGCCGCGGCCCUGAUACUGAGCUGCUGGUAGCUAAUCCUGUUGAGUUAUCUGGAAGAGGCCGUCCUCUUGUUUUCUAUGAUAUAACGCUAGCCCUCAAGAACAUGAAUAUAAGCAUAUUUUCGGUGGAGAUAGGAAGACACAGGAUUCAUGAUCGUGAGUGGGAAGUAUACAGAAUCUUACUUGAUGAAUGCGAUGGCUUCUCUUUGCCAAGGAAUGAAAUUAAAGAAUGUGUCCGAAAGAAGCUGAUGGGUUGGGAAUGAGUUGGUCAGCAACAAUUUCCACGCUUUCUUUGUGUACAGCAGUCCAAAAUCUUUACCCGUGCGUAUUUCUGUUUAAAUCAUUCCACUCCUUGCUGCGAUUCAUUGUAAAUGUAAAUGUAAAGCAAUAUUAGGAGUUAAUUACAGGCAAUAUUAGGCAAGUUGCUCAAAGAAGUAAAAGGGGCUCAAGCAGCUCUAAUAAGACUAUAACCAGCCUCAUGUGCUCCAUCUUUGAGCAAUUAAGUUUAGUUUUCAAAAAAUGGUUUCUCUAAGAAACUUUCUACUUGUGUUUUCUUAGUAUUUAUUUUCCUCUCAAAUGUCUAUAUAUUGGUUCUUGAUUUGA